AUGCAUCCGGUCAUCGAUGUUGGGUCGCUCUUCUCGGAAGGGGAUGAUCUGGGAAUACACAAACACGACCUCAGGCCAGCCGAUCACACGAAUGCCACCAAUAAAGUCUUGCAUGACUUUGCAUGUGUUUUCUGGGAUUACAACAUCAGUGACUGGAGUGAUGUGGGCUGCCACAAAUACAGUUCUGAACUCUCAAGUCUGACAUGUGGCUGUUACCAUACCACUAACCUUGCUGUACUGAUGUCUUUUAAGAAAAAAGCUAAAGCUUUGAAUUUGAUCAGCAUUGUGGGAUUUGUAUUGUCCAUCCCGGUGCUCAGCAUAACUCUAGUGUAUCAGAUUAUGACCAGAAAGUCCAGAAGAAACGCCCCCACUGUCCUCCUCGUGUGCCUCUGUACCUCCAUGAUUAUCUACAAUUUGACUUUUGUGGCCGGCAUCUCCAAUCCUCAUGCAACACCAGAACAAGGAAAUGAUUGGAACAAUGGAGAGAACAAUGCAGGAAACCUAAUCAUUCAUGACCCAGACAAAGGCCUCUGCACUCUGGUCACUGUUUUGUUGCAGUACUUCCUGUUGGCCACCUUCUCUUUUAACACACUGUAUGCUGCUGACCUGCUCAUGAUGCUGAAGAGACGCUCGGGCCAUUUCACCAGGAUUUAUAUGAUAGUAGGCUGGGGAUUCCCUGCUGUCAUGGUGGCCCUAUCUCUGGCAGUGUCCUACAGGGUAGACAACCCACUGGGCUAUCGACGACAUGAAGCGUGCUGGCUAGCUGCUACAGAUGAUGAAGGGAAUUUUGACUUCAAGAAGCCAAUGCUGUGGGGAUUUCUAGUGCCGGUAUCAGCAAUGCUCCUUUUCAAUGCAUAUGUACUAAUGUACUUUGCAUAUCUAUCUUUCAGGCAGCCCUUUUUAAACAGUUCUAAGAAUGCUGCUUUGAAGAAGAAACUUCUGAGUAGCCUCUCUUUGGGAGUGGUGCUGGGACUGUCCUGGUUUCUGGGAUACCUGGUUCUUGCCUCCACUUCCUCAGAUGGACUUUACAUCCUCCUCAAUUUGGCUUUUAGUGUGCUGGUCUCCAUGCAGGGCGUGCAGAUUUUCAUUUUGUUCAAGGCAAGGUCAACCCUCUUCAGGAGGACCACAAACCAUGCUGUGAAGUCCAUCUUAGAAAUCUCAAAAGGGAAGAACAGUCGUACCACAAAAAUAGUGUGUGAAUCACGCAUGUGA